CUGUUCCGCCCUCAUCGACUCGCGCAGAGAGGAAGCCCUCUUGUCUCCCGUCUCGUCUUCCAGAAGGGUUUUCUUUUUCUUUCUUCUUCAUCUUUUUUUAUUUUAUUUAUUAUUUUAUUUUAUUUUUUACUUUUUUUUGAGGAAUUAACGAACCAGAGGCUUCAAAAUCCAUCUAGCACUAAAUCUCAUUCGGCGCGUAUUUUCGCUUCGUUUCCCAUCUUACCUGGGCUGCCGCUCCGUGGACUGAUCUCGCACCUUCUUCCCUUUUUCUUUCCUUUUUUUUUUUUUGGUCAUAUUUACUCCCCACUCAUCGAGGAUACCUGUACCCCUACUGAUGGAACAAGGUCAUUCCAACGGUCUCCUGCAGCCUCCUAACACCACCUAACAUUUCCUGGAAGAACGCGUCCAUUGCCUUCUCCCAACAAACAUGGACUGUUUUCCCAUGCUUUAUUUUCUGUCGAGACAUCAUGAUUCCUGGUAAUCGAAUGCUGAUGGUCAUUUUAAUAUGCCAAGUCCUGCUGGGAGAAAGCAACCAUGCUAGUCUGAUACCUGAAGAAGGGAAGAAGAAAGUGCCGGGCCUGCAGGGUCGUUCGGCCGCUCAGAGCCAUGAACUGCUGCGGGACUUUGAGGCCACGCUGCUGCACAUGUUCGGCCUCCAGAGGCGGCCAAGGCCCAGCCACGCAGCCACCGUGCCCCGCUACCUGCUGGACCUCUACCGGCUGCAGUCAGGAGAGGCUGAGGAGGCUGGGCCGCAUGACAUCAACUUCGAGUACCCUGAGAGGUCGGCCAGCAGGGCCAACACCGUGAGAGGCUUCCACCAUGAAGAACACAUGGAAAGGGUAGACGAGGUCAAACCCAGGGACAGACAGACCACUCCCCUCCGCUUCCUGUUUAACCUCAGCAGCAUUCCCGAGGACGAGCUGCUCUCUUCGGCCGAGUUGCGGCUCUACCGUCACCAGAUUGACGAGGCCAUUGCUGGCGCCAUCUCAGGUGAUCAGGGGCUGCACCGGAUAAACGUGUAUGAGGUGUUAAAGCCCCCCCGGGCUGGGCAGCUGAUCACGCGGCUCCUGGAUACCCGAAUUGUACACCACAACACCUCACGCUGGGAAAGCUUUGACGUCAGUCCCGCCGUGCUGCGCUGGACGCGCGAGCGCCUGCCCAAUCACGGGCUGGCCGUCGAGGUUUUGCACCUCAGCCAAACCCCGCACCACCAGGGCAAACAUGUUCGCGUUAGCCGUUCACUACACCAGAAGCCUGGGGAGGACUGGGAGCAGCUGCGCCCCCUCCUGGUUACCUUCGGCCACGAUGGGAAGGGUCACCCGCUAACCCGGCGGGCCAAGCGCAGCCCCAAGCAACGGGGCCGCAAACGCAACCGCAACUGCCGCCGCCACGCACUAUAUGUGGACUUCAGUGAUGUAGGGUGGAAUGACUGGAUAGUGGCGCCCCCUGGGUACCAGGCCUAUUAUUGCCACGGGGAGUGCCCCUUUCCUUUGGCGGACCACCUGAACUCGACCAACCAUGCUAUUGUUCAGACACUGGUGAACUCUGUGAACACCAACAUUCCCAAGGCUUGCUGCGUCCCCACGGAGCUCAGCGCCAUCUCCAUGCUCUACCUAGAUGAACAUGACAAGGUGGUCCUAAAAAACUACCAGGAAAUGGUAGUGGAGGGCUGCGGCUGCCGCUAACCAGCAAACUAUCAAGGACUUGGACUGGGCAACUUGAAACGGGCAACAUGGACGCUAAAAAGAGAAAAAAUAAAAAAACAGAGGAAAAAAACAAACAAAAACACAAAAACCAGAAGGUCUGCCGACCUUACUCCCAAAAAUGUUCACUUGGACCCUUAUUUAUAACUUUUAUGUUGAGAUUUAUGAUUUAUGUUCGUCUUUUUUUUUUGUUUCUUUGACAAUAUGAUCAUAUAUUUUGACAAAAUAUAUAUAUUUAUAUCUACAUAUUAAAAAAUAAAAAUGAGUCCUUAUUUUAAA